AUGAACUUCCAAAAUGUAAAUCCUUUAAAUGUGCGAAUAAACAUGCUCUCCGGUAAUUUGUUUCCGAUGACUACAGAUAACGCACGGUUCCCCAUAGGCUGGAAGAUUUACAGCGCUGUCAUAUGGUUGUUGACCUCCGUCAUAAUCGUCGCGUUUCUCUUCGGGUUCAUGAUCGUGUCUAAGACAAAGGCUAUAAGCGACGGCAUGAUCGGCACCGUGUUCGUCGUGGAGGUGUUCUUCAUGGUCGCGCACAUUCACACGCACCGAGACCUGGUCGUGCAGUUGAUCCGGAGUAUGAACGGCAUACUUCGCGUGCAGGACGAGAUUAUGAGACACGUCGUGAUGUCGUCUCUGAAACUCAUGCACUCCCCGUUCAAGUUUUACUGGAUGUCCGGUGUAACUACCGUGAUAAUUUGGAUCACCAUGCCGCUCACGGCGAUCUUCAGGAAGAGUUCCUUCGUCUACGAGAAUUACAGAUUACCGUUCGCCAUCUCCAAGCAGCCGUUCUCGAUGGAAAUUUUCCUCGCAGGAAGUCUAUUGUUGGUACUCUGCAGCGUAUACGUAAUUAUAAAAAAGGCCGCCGUAGACAUCUAUAUGUUGAACUUUGUGAUGUUGAUGACAGCGCAAUAUCGCUACGUCGCUAUAAAACUUGAGAGAGUAUUUCAAGAAAAUUCGUGGGACGAACAUAAUUCUCUAAAGGAAAAUUAUCUUAGGACAGAUUUAUGGGCAAAAACGGAGAUAAAGGCGAUAUGUCGGCAUUACACUAUUGUGAUUCAGUAA